AUCGUUGCACGUUGCCAAGCGAUUGGUGGAAAUGGAGUCGACGAUAGUGGGGGAUAUACCACAGAGGUUACGAGAGUGUCUUUGACGAGAGUUAUCGAAUAUUCGACAUCUUACAAAUCAUUUCUACCGCUAGUAUCGUCCGUUCACCAAAAAUGUUGCCACGUUUCUUAAGACCGACUCUAAAUGUCGCUCAGCAAGGUGUCAAAAGUUUUUCGACCAGCGCCAAGUGCGAUGUCAAGGUCGCCGUUAUGGGAGCCAGCGGUGGAAUUGGGCAACCGCUGUCGCUGUUGCUGAAACAAUCUCCUCUCAUCAGCGAAUUAUCUUUAUACGAUAUAGUCAACACGCCUGGUGUCGCCGCUGACCUUUCUCAUAUUGACACUGCUUCAAAAGUUACUGGCUACACGGGUCCAGACCAAUUAAAAGAUUCGCUAAAAGGUGUUGAGGUCGUCGUAAUUCCUGCUGGUGUGCCUAGAAAACCAGGAAUGACGAGGGAUGACCUAUUUAAUACAAACGCCUCUAUUGUUCGUGAUCUUGCUGUAGCCGUUGCAGAAGUAUGCCCAAAGGCAUUAAUUGCUAUCAUUUCUAAUCCGGUUAACAGUACCGUACCUAUCGCUUGCGAAGCUUUAGCGAAAGCAGGCGUAUUUGACCCUAAGAGAGUAUUUGGCGUAACUACGCUCGAUAUUGUCAGGUCGAGCGCGUUCGUUGGCGAAGCUAAGUCGUUAGAUCCACAAAAAGUAACAGUUCCAGUAAUCGGAGGUCACAGCGGCAUCACGAUUAUUCCUCUGCUUUCGCAAACAAAACCCUCCGUUUGUUUUUCUGAAAGCGAAGCAAAAAAACUCUCUGAAAGAAUCCAGGAGGCUGGUACAGAAGUUGUAAAAGCUAAAGCUGGUACAGGCUCGGCUACUUUAUCAAUGGCAUAUGCUGGAGCUCGAUUUACUUUUUCCUUGCUUAAAGCUUUGGCCGGACAACAGGGUAUAGUCGAAUGCUCUUAUGUUAGAUCAGAUAUAUGCAACACUAAAUAUUUUUCUUCUCCCGUUCUCUUGGGUAAAAAUGGAGUGGACAAAGUUUUAGGAUUUGGUGAACUUAAUGCUUACGAAAAGAAACUUUUAGAAGCUGCUAUUCCAGAGCUACAGAAGAACAUUAAGAAGGGAGAGGAUUUUGUAAAUAAAAAGUGAAUUAAUACGAGCCAAAUUUUUAGAGCACGACUCUUCGAAUAACAGAAGAGUUAGCCUUGUCGAUAACUGGUUAUGACAUAUUGAUGAAACAUUAUAAUUUGUUACAAUCUGUGUCAAUAAAACCAGCUUAUUCGAA